AUGCCACUGCCCCGCCCCGUCUGCCCCGGGGCAGGACCCUGCCAGAACCAGGCCUCUUGCUCGCCCUCGCUGUCCCAGGACGGCGCCCACACCUACAGCUGCCUGUGCCGCCCGGGCUGGAGCGGCGAGCUCUGCAACACCUCCACCACCUUCUCCUUCCGCUCCCAGGGCUACGUGCUCAUGACCACGCCCGGGGUCAGCAACAAGAGCAAACACGGUGAGAUGCGCGGCGAGAUGCGCGGCGAGAUGCACGUGCAGCUGCGCUUCAGGACCACCCUCCCCGACAUGGUGCUGUUCUUCCGUGGCUCUGUGGAAAACUACAUUAUCCUGGAGGUGGUGGGAGGGCAGCUGCGGGCCAAGGUGAAGGCUGGGAAAGUGUUCCAGGCGUCUUUCUCCGUACCAGUGACCGACGGGGAGUGGAGGGAGGUCAGCGUGACCAUGGAGGACAAGAUGGUCAUGACCAUGAAGGGGCCGGGCUGCGAGGACGGCUGCAAAGUAGCUUCAAACGCGUUCCUCCAGCCCGCUCUGUUCAAGCAGAUGUACAUCGGAGGAGGCCCCGCCCAGUUCCUGUCCCGGACCAGCAGUGGGCGGGGCUUCGUGGGCUGCAUGGAGGACCUGUACGUGGACCAUAAACCACUGCUGCCCCAGGACCUGCUGCGAGAGGAGAGCCGGGCCCUGGAACUGGGCUGCACCAAAGAAGAGUGGUGUGAGGGGGAGGCCUGCGGGGGCCGCGGGGAGUGUGUGGACCUCUGGGUGAGGGCCGGCUGCAACUGCACACGGCCCUACUAUGGAGAGAGCUGCGAGAGAGAGUACCUGUCCUGGACGUUCGGCUCAGAAAACGCCUCCAGCUUUGCGGCGUUCACGGUCUCUGAGUUUCACGGAGAGGACUUCAGCGUGUCGUUCUUGCUGCGCUCGCUGCAGCAGAGCGGUCUGAUCCUGCAGCUGCGAAGACGAGAGAAACCCUACCUUAGCGUGUUCUUAAAGGACGGCGCCGUGGCCCUGUACAGCCCCCACACCACGCUGGUGUCCGAGGCCAAGGACGUUGCCCACGGCAACAACAGCCUCAUCACCGUGCAGCUGCAGCACGGGCACGUGGUGUUUCCCAACGCGGGGAACCGCCGCGCCAUCGGGAACGUCACGCUGGAGGCCGGGGACGUGGCGUUUCUGGGAGGACUGCCCCCAGAGGAAACCCUGAGCCCCUGGGAAGGGCCCUUCAGAGGCUGCCUGCAGGACGUGAGGAUCGACCACAGACACAUCACCUCCGCAGAGGAGGCGGGAGACGGCGAUUACCCGCUGGUGCUACGGGAACUCGUGCUGGACGGAUGCCACAGCGACGACACCUGCAAGGUACGGACUGUGCAGGAAACGGAAGAACUAUCCUCAGUCCUGGAGGAGGUGGAGCAGGAGGUGGAGGUGGAGGUGGAGCUGGAGGUGGAGGUAGAGGUGGAGGUGGAGGUGGAGAUGGAGGUGGAGGUGGAGGUGGAGGUGGAGGUGGAGCUGGAGAUGGAGGUGGAGGUGGAGGUGGAAAUGGAGCUGGAGCUGGAGCUGGAGGUGGAGGUGGAGGUGGAGGUGGAGGUGAAGGUGGAGGUGGAGGUGGAGAUGGAGGUGGAGGUGGAGGUGGAGAUGGAGGUGGAGGUCGAAGUGGAGGUGGAGGUGGAGGUGGAGAUGGAGGUGGAGGUGGAGAUGGAGGUGGAGGUGGAGGUGAAGGUGGAGGUGGAGGUGGAGGAGUAG